AUGGCUCAACCCACAGCAUCCGAUAUUCCUUUGAGAGAGUUCUGGGACAACAAUCGUGUCAGCGAAUUUAUAGAACAAGAAUGUCAUCCUUCCAUGACUGUUUCAUCGGGUACUUCACCACUUUCUGUCCGACUUGCACGUACCGAACAAGUAGAAGAAAUUAGAGCGAUGGUAAAUUAUGCAUACAGAAAAGAAGGUCACGUUUUUAAAUUGGUAGAAGAACGAAAACGAACCAAUGAUAAUGAAGUCAAACGUCUUAUUGAGGAGAGUGCAACGACGCCUCAUGGAAUUGUAUGCCUUUUAAAUGCAGAAACUAAUGAGCUGUUAGGAUCAAUCUUUGUUCAAUUUAAAAAAGACCCACAAACGAUUUACUUUGGAAUGCUUGCAAAAGAGGAAAAGAAAAUACAACCUGGAGCAACAUUUUCUUUUGGAAGCUUGCAGAAUUUAUCAUUUGGACAGCUAAUGAUUGAAAUGGUUGCAUAUGUUGGAAAGUUAGGGAAGUGUGAAACCGUUACAUGUGUAGUAUUUAAUGUGUCCACGGCUCUAGUUCAGUUCUACAAGAAUAAGUGCAAAUUAGAAGAAUACGGAACGGAUGACGUUCCUUUCAAGGAAGAAAUGAAAAAAGAUGCCCAUUUCAUAAAGCUGAGAAGAAGCAUUGAGUAA